AAUGUGAGUAUGAUGGGAGCAGUGUGGCAGGGGAAGCCUGGCUGCACAGCCACCUCCUCCUCCUCUGUUGCCCCGUGCUAGAGCAGGGCAAACGUAUAUGUUCACAGGGAGGUUGUCAGGAGCACUGAUGGUGAAGGGGCUGGCGGAGGCAGGCUGCCUUCAGAGCCCGAAGCUCACACCUGCCCGACUUCGGGGUGGGACCAGUACCAUCCCAGGUCCUUAAUGUCCCUUCACUUGUAGUGUCUUCGGUGUUUGGCUGUUGGCCACAGUGGGCAGGACCAUUCCUUGCAUGAGGCCCCAGCACCACUUCGAACAAAACCUCUCUUCUCUGUGCCCAAAUGAGGGGACUGCGGGAGCUGGAGGAGGAGCACUGGGCGGACAGCGCAGAGCCUCUGCGAGGGGAAGGGCCCUCAGAGAAGCUACCAGCACGAGCGAGGGUGGCUCCUCGAGCAAGGAUCACAGCCAGUCACACUGUGCAUGAGUGACCACAGAUGGAAGGUCUCUGUUCCACCUGUCAUGGUCCUCCAACUGAGGUGUGGGCAGCCCAGCGUCUGUCACAGCAGCAGUAGCUGAAGCCACUUUUGCCACACUGCAUUUCUCACUCUACAGAAGGUUCCAGAGAAGCCUUUUUUUAGCUUCAGUAUGACAAGGGAAUAAAUCACAAGAUAGUGGGAUUGCAGAGAUGGAGGAACUUCCCGUCCCACACAACAUCAAAAUAAGUAACAUCACGUGUGAUUCCUUCAAGAUUUCUUGGGACAUGGAUUCUAAAUCCAAGGAUCGCAUCACUCAUUACUUCAUUGAUCUCAACAAGAAAGAAAACAAGAAUUCCAACAAAUUUAAACACAAGGAUGUACCAACUAAAUUGGUUGCCAAAGCUGUUCCUUUGCCUAUGACGGUCCGUGGGCACUGGUUCUUGAGCCCAAGAACAGAAUACACAGUAGCAGUGCAGACAGCAUCAAAGCAAGUUGACGGCGAUUACGUUGUUUCUGAGUGGAGUGAAAUCAUUGAGUUUUGCACAGCAGAUUAUUCAAAAGUUCACCUAACACAGCUUUUGGAAAAAGCUGAAGUGAUUGCAGGCCGUAUGCUUAAACUGUCUGUUUUUUAUCGGAAUCAGCACAAAGAAUACUUUGAUUAUAUCAGAGAGCACCACGGGAAUGCUCUGCAGCCUUCUGUUAAGGAUAACAGUGGCAGCCAUGGCUCUCCAAUCAGCGGGAAGUUGGAAGGCAUCUUCUUUAGCUGCAACACUGAGUUUAACACUGGGAAACCACCACAGGAUUCACCAUACGGAAGAUACAGGUUUGAGAUUGCAGCUGAAAAACUCUUCAACCCAAAUACUAACUUGUACUUUGGAGACUUCUACUGCAUGUACACAGCCUACCACUACGUUAUUCUCGUUAUCGCCCCUGUUGGAUCACCAGGAGAUGAAUUCUGUAAGCAGCGCCUUCCUCAACUAAAUAUAAAAGAUAAUAAAUUUCUGACCUGUGAUGAAGAAGAUGGUGUAAUGGUUUACCAUCAUGCCCAGGAUGUUAUUCUGGAAGUAAUUUACACUGAUCCUGUGGAUCUCUCCCUCGGCACAGUUGCAGAAAUUACUGGUCACCAACUAAUGAGCUUGUCUACUGCAAAUGCAAAGAAAGAUCCCAGCUGCAAGACCUGCAAUAUCAGUGUUGGACGUUAAAAAUUCCCUCGUUACUUAGGAGCCUUCAAAUCUCUGUUGCCCAUUUCCAUAGUCAGACAUUUUUGUCAGAAGCAUGCACAUGCCACUGUCACCAAAAGCAAACAUGGGUCUUCAAAAUCUCCAAUAGCAUUUUUAGUAUUUCUUCUCUCCCUCCUUCCCUUCUGUUCACCCAAUGCUUUAAAUGAUUAGAAGUCCUGGAUUUAUUUUUUUCUGGCAACCAUUUAUACCUAGAUGCUGCAAAAAAUGUUUUCUGUUUCUUGCCAAACGUAACAAAAUCCUAUAUAAACUGCUUUAGCAAAACAAAAAUAACAGCUUAUAAUGGUGUUUAAAUAUGCAUUCAUUUUAACUACUGAACAAAUACUGGGAUAACUCCAAACAGCAUGAAAAGUUGUAACUGCAGCAUGAUUUAAAUUUCAAAUCCUAGAAAUGUCAGCACUUACAACGUAUUGUUUGACAGUGUUAUUUAUGUUAUUUAUAUUAGCUAACUGAAAACAGAAACUGUGUCUUGACAUAAUAAAUACAAUAGAAAAAUAUUUUAUUUGUACUGUUGUAUAAAAUAUUAUACAAUCAUAUAGAAUAUAUAGAUCACAUUUUAAUAUCAAUUGUAUACAUGUCAUGAAAUCAUUUUCCCUUAUCAAAGAUGUAGUUUGUAAACUUCAAAUAGCUCUGUAUCUGUUCCUGUUGCUCUAGAUGACUUUAAUUAAAACAGAUUUACGAAGGAGACCAUUUUGAUUCAUAAAAGUUACAAAUUAUUAAAUCAGUACACUGAAACAACAAACCUCUAAGAAAUAAAAAAAUCAUUUUUAGUCGUCA